CUCCAUGGAAGCGGCCAACGGGGCCGUGCCCGAGGGCGCGGCGGAGCAGCCCCGCGGCCCCGCGGCCGCCCCGUCGGGCAGGAAGGAGGUGAAGGUGGUGAUCGUGGGCGACGGAGGCUGCGGGAAGACUUCGCUGCUGAUGGUGUACGCCAAGGGCUCCUUCCCCGAGCAAUACGCGCCCUCUGUUUUUGAGAAGUACGCAACGAGUGUGACGGUGGGGAAGAAGGAGGUCACCCUGAACCUGUACGACACCGCAGGGCAGGAGGACUACGAUCGGUUACGGCCACUUUCCUACCAGAAUACCAAUGUCGUGUUAAUUUGUUACGAUGUCAUGAACCCCACUAGCUAUGAAAAUGUAGCAGCCAAGUGGUAUCCUGAAGUGAAUCACUUCUGCCGGGGUGUCCCGCUCGUGCUGAUCGGCUGCAAGACAGACCUUCGGAAGGACAAGGAGCAGCUGCGCAAGCUCAGGGCUGCCAAGCAGGAACCCAUCACCUACAACCAGGGUGAGGCAGCUUGCAAGGAGAUUAACGCAGAAAUUUACCUGGAAUGCUCAGCAAAAUGUCGUGAGAACAUAGAAAAUGUUUUUAAAGAAGCCACAACCAUUGCACUGGGUGCCAUGAAGAAAGCCAAGCGCCACAGGAAACAGAAAGUGUGCUCAGUGUUAUGAUCUGGACUGAACGAGAGCCAAGUGAUUCAGAUUUUAUAAACAGUUUAACUUUAAAAACUUUUUUUUUUUUUACAUGUUUGUAUUCCUAGGAUAAUUUUUAUUUUAAAAAUUUAAUUAUUUUUAGUAUUUUUGCACUUUUGUUACAUUGUUCUCAGAGUUUUCAAAACUGUUUAUCACAGUUAACUCAUGCUGUGUGCCUUCACCCAUCUGGCUUUUGCUUCCAAGUGUGAACAAUUCACUAUUUAAACUGCAAUGAACAGCAACUGCUACUAUAUAACUUAGUGUUGGGGUUUUUCUUCCUCUGCAAAAUAAUUGUGGCACAUUAGAGCUACAAUUUACUGCCUUUUUCCAGUAGAAAACUCAUAUAUUUCAGAAGCAAUGUUAAAGCAGCUCAUCAAGCACCUUUGAAGAAAAAAUUUUUGUCUUAACAUUUUCAAGUUAAUUAAUUUGGUGGCAAUGGCCUGAGUUGGCCUCAAGCUGCCUCCUGAGUGCAGAUGGAACAUCCACCACCCCCUGGACCAGCUCUGCAGACCUGCACCUCAGAGUUCUUCAAGGCCUGCUGCUGGAAUGGAAAGUGGCAUUUAUCAAUGGAAAGCCAUCAGUUGCUCCAAUUAAAUGGUGGAGUAUCAUGGGAAAUGGUUAAUUUACAGCACUUGAAUUUAGAAGUACUCCAAGCAGCUACUACAUGUAAUGUUAAGUCAGUCUUAUGAUAAACAUUUACAGCUUAAUACAAGACAGAUGCAAAUCAUGGUGCACACUGAAGGAAAAAUUCAUUCACUCAUGAAAUCAUCUCUACUGGUAUAAAUUAAAAUUCUUCCUUUUGUGAUGAAGGUGUCAGUUGUCUAAGGAUCAGGGAGGCUCCCACUGCACACCUGGUACAUGUGCCUCGUACCUCCUGGUUCUUUUGCACAUCUCCUCACUGAGAUCUGAUUUUAGUCAUCAAAAAGCAAACCUGAGAGGGGAAAUGAGACUCCUGCAGUACAGGUGAAAGCUUUCUGUGUAAGGCAAACUGUACGUGACCAGCUGGUGCAAAACUGUUUUGGAGCAAGCCACCGUUAUUGUUUUACAUGCAGAGUAAACAGAUCUUGACUCUUGAAAAAUCUUUUUCUUUUCAUUUUUCUCCUAACUUGUUUUGAUUUAAUUAAGGUUUGUGAAUACCUAUGAGCCUAAAAAGGGGAAGUUUAAUUAAUUGGAAGUUUGUGCACAUCCUUGACUAUACAAAAACCUUGAAGAA